AUGAGCUCUGGCCUCCCGCUCCGCGACCGUCUCCAGUCCAACUCGCCUGACCCGCCCCCGCCUGGCAGCCCAUGGCUCGGUCGUCCGACCACCCCGCUCCGUAUCGCCAAGCGCGACUCGCCGCAGGGUGCCCACCUGUCCCGCCGCCAGUCAUCCAGCUACAAGCAUCUGCGCACCAACAAUCUUGUCUCCAAGUCUCCCUUCAGGUCCCAGCUCCCCACGCCAGCCAAAUUGACCCCCUCUAGACCCACACCUGCUCGACAAUCUGCCGGGCUCUCUCCCUCGCCGCGUAAAGUGAGUGGCGAGAAACGUCCGCGCCCCCACUCCAUGGUUGCCACCGAGAACGAGCACCCUCUCGGCUUCAAGAGACGCCAGUCCCGGGCUUUCCAGGGGUUGCUCGAGAAGGAGCCCGUCACCAAGAGCCCCUUCAGGGUAGUCCCUCCCGAGUUCGACUCCGACGACGCCCUCCCACCUCCGCUGCCUCCCAAGCUCACUCGCAUCCCUGUUGCAUCUGCCUCGCCCGGUCGGUCCUCGCUCGUCUCCAAGCGCCUCCAUGGUCCGCGCACCGUCGGGAACGGUUCGUUCAGUCGCCGUCAACGCCGCAAAACUGUGACGUUCGACGAGCACUGCGACGUUCUCGAGUUUCACGUCGAAGAACACGAGAUAGGCGAGGACGUCAUAUCGACCGAUGAGGAGUCUGGCGACGAUGAGGAGGGCGUACUGCAGCCGAUAGAACCUCAUCUCCUUCCGGACGCACCGUCUCCCACCAACGAAAGCUUUGACAGCUCGCACGCCGCUAAUGACAGUAUCACAGGGCUCGUUGAGACUCUCCUGCAAGAUACGGAUGACCCGCACACCCCGCCUCGCCGCGAAAGCUCCCUCCCUCCCGACACCGACACCGAAGACGGCAUUCCCUUCGGGCGCACACAUCAUUCCGAAAGGCUGAACGCCGCCCACCAGUCAGAUCCCAUCCACGACGCUUAUCCUGGGCCGGAGCCCCUCGGCAUGUCAACAUCGACCCCUCCCCGCUCCCGAUCUACGUCUCCCAUUAUCGAUGUUGGAUCGCCUUCCCGCAGCUUUAGUGGCACACCGGAACGUCCCAGUGCGAGCGAGCUUGAUGAGGAUGUACGCAUGCUUCCACCUUCUCCCUCUCCUGCUAAACGACCGAGCAAGGCGUUUGGUGUCCCGGGCGAGCAUGUCUUAGUACCGAGGUUCUCGCUCGAGCAAGUGAGGCUCGGUGGCACAACCUCCUUCGCAGAGGAUCCGUUUUCCGUGCCACACGUCAAGGAGGAAUCGCUUCCGCCUGAGAUCUCGUUUGCAUCUGGCGGUUCCUCGGGAGACGACUGCAUGGACCCUGCGAACUUGUCCAUCGGACAUUCCGAGGUUUCUUUGGAGGGCCUCGACCGUGAACAGACAUCGCGCGAGGAAGAUGCUACGGACGACGAAGAACUUCUCCCACCACAACCGCCGUUCUUUGCCAUGAAGCAGGACGAUGGCGUUGUCUCCUCGCGUACGUCGACCCCGCUGGAGCGCAGUGACUCGCACGCGUCAACGGCCCAGGACUUCAACUUUACAUCGCCGAUUACCUUGAUGCGGUCGAGUUCGCCGCGUCGCGAGAUACACAUGCCGAAAGCCAUUCGACCGGGAGACUCGCUCACUCCCGAGAAGAUCAUGUCUUCACCCAGAGCAUCUCCCAGGGUAUCCCCCGCGAACGGCUCGAACACCAGCAGGCCGGCCUCGCGGAGCUGGAGCGUGGAUCCCGAAACGACGUCCGGCCACCCGCUGCGCGAGCAGACUCCCGGAGAGGCCGAGGACGGUGUUGUGCCGCAGAGAGAGGAGGCAAAGAAUGGCGUCAUCCCCGAGGAUGACAUGCGUAUGGACGAGGAUCGCCGCAGCAACGCCAGCACGGUCAGCGACCACAGCGUUCGGGAGCCGCCUCCACUGAGCAGAGAGAAGAACUACACCUACGACGGCGUCAUGUCCCUCGACCCCAACCCGCAGCCGAUCGACCCGCCGCGCCCGAACGUCCUCAUCCGUGCGCAGAGCGACGUCGAGGACCGAUCUGUCUUCCAGGGCAUCCAGAUGGAGUUCGACCACAGCGCGUUCGGGCUCGGCCAGGAUGACAUGUUUGGCAGAGCAGGCUCGGUAUCCAGUAGGGGCGACGUUGACUUGGGUGACGUGAGCGCGCUUGACAGGCUCAUGGAGAACGUCGCGCAGGGGUUACCCGGUGACACGGGUGCGGAGCUUCAGGCGAUGCAGGCUGAGGGCGGUGUGAGAGCCCGGCGAACAACCCCGCUCACCUUCCCUCAGGAAACUGAAGACGGGCAAGCUGACGAUGCUGCGAUGGCCUCUCCCACGCGAACGACCGUGAACAGCGCGCCGCCGCCUCCGCCCCCCAAGGAGGCUAUUCGUGCGCGGGAGGACCUGAUCAAGGCGAAGAAGCGCGAGGCAAAGCGGAAGGACGAACUCGCAUCGCUGGGACACUCGACUCCCAGUGCCGUACAGGCGAGGCGUGCAGGUCGCCCGAGCAGGCGCAGGAGUAUGAGUACGGGCGAUGCAGAGGAUUUGCUCACGCGGACACCAGCGGCUCAGCGCCGAGCGGCUGCGCUGAGGUGCGAAGGCCUCCUCGACGAUCUGAACAUGGCGCAGGAGGACGAUCCGCUUGCGGACAGUAUCAACCGGGAGUUGCGCAAGCUCGAGGAUCCGACCAAGAGCAAGUAUCACGUUCGUCAACAUCAGGAGACCAUCUACGCAAGUUCCGAUGCGGAGCAGAUCUCUCAUGUAGGCAACGCAGGUGACGUCAACGGGGGAAAGGCUUGGAGGAUCGUGAAGCGGCCCUCCGACAUGAACGAAUACGCGAGGCAACUCAAGGAGCUACGUGCGCAGGACAAGUCAGGAAAGGCACACGGCAAGGUGUUCGUCAGAGUGACCGGUCUAAAGGGGGUUCAGGUGCCUCUUCCGCGGGAGCCAACCAUCAUAACGUGUACGCUGAACAACGGCAUCCACUUCGUCACCACUCCGGAGUGUCGCUUGGGCAAGGAUUGUCGUAUCGAGCAAGAAUUUGAGCUAAUCGAGCACAGCAAGCUCGAGUUCACGCUUACGAUCAAAGUUCGACGUGACCCGCAUGUGGUGGCGCAGUUCAAAACAAACACUCCGCCACCUCCUCCCGCUCCAUCCGUCGCUGCUCGCCCUGUUCCGCCCCCCUCCAAAGGCGGAAUGCUGAAUUUCUUCCGCUCUUCGUCGCCGAAGAAGCCUGCCAGGCCAAUGUCUGCCCCCGCUGUGCCUGUACCGGAGUUCAAGCUCGUUAAUAACUUGGCCCGCUACCUCAAACCUGACGGCACACUAGCUCGUGCCUUCAUUUCCUUCCGUGACAUCGCCCAUCGAUGCGAUGCAACACGUUUUGAGGUCGCAUAUCCUCUGAUCGGGCAGCGCCUCGAAUCACGGACAUCCACCCGGACUUUCCAGGUGGGCGAGAUUAUGCUGCAGAUUUUCCGGCUACCGCCUCUGCCUGGCAUUCCAUCUGAGCAGCUGCCGCAAAGCCUAGAUGAGUGCCACAAGGGCUUACGCCAUUGCAACUGGCACAAGCAGACGUAUUUCGAGGGCACGUUGACGCAGUCUGGAGGCGAUUGUAUGUCUUGGCGUCGACGGCAUUUGAGACUGGUCGGCGCGAACCUGGUUGCGUACAACGAUGUCACGAAGAAGGUAACGGCAACUAUUGACCUGCGCAAAGCUGUGUCGGUGGAGGAUGACGACGUGGCGAACAACGCUCUCAGCCCCCAGUCGGGAGUGAGCAACCGCAGUCGACAUGUAGACGAACUUGACAUUCCAUAUGGUGUUGAGCGGUCUUUCCGGCUUGUUUUCCUCCACGACCAAGAGAUCACCUUCUUCGCUGACACGGAGGAGGAGAAGAGCAGAUGGGUUGAGACACUGCGAGCUCUUGUGCGGCGGGUGCCGCAGAAUCCACUGUGGGCGGAGAUGUUGUGGCAGAGACAAGAAGCUGGGAAGCACACACAGGGCCAUGGUGUUCUUGCACUACAUCAUUAA